AUGCCGUUGGUUCCUCUGGGCUGAAAAUGGUCCUCAGUUUGGUGUCACCAUUUCAAGCCUCUCCCUCAUCACAAGCUCUUUCUCUAGCUGUGCACCUGGCCUCAUGUGUCCCAGACGUGCCACCCGCACACUCCAAAAGGCAGCAAAAGGCUCCUAGGCGUGAACAGACAGGGCGUUUCCUGCAGUAGCUUCGCUUUCUGAAGAUCUGGAAGCCUUGGCAGGACCCAGGAGAACCCGGGUUCCCGAGGCUGCCUGCUGAAGUCCGUCUCAUCUUCCUGGAGAGGCACGGUGCCCCUGGCUGCAGUGGCAUUCCAGCCGUAGGUGGUCACAGGGAUGAGUCACCUCGUCUUAUGGCAGAAGGCUCUGGCACUGAAGAAGACAGAAGUAAGGCUGAGAAGCGUGCUGGCCUAGGAGGGAGGCGUCAGCCCCGGGCUUCCUGUGGGGACAACGUGCCUGGCCACCACCGUCUCCCACAUUCCAGUGAAGCAGGCAAAUGGCUUGUGAAAUCUCUUGGGUCUGCAGAGGGCUUCUUGGGAUCUGGAGGACCCAGGUGGAGGCUGGCUGCUGGGGGCCUUGCUUUGGUUUUAUUUUCUUUUCCCGACGGGGCCUGCCCUGUCCACAGGCCUCGCCUUCUUGGGGCACACUACCAUUUUCUUCCUGAGGAGCAGGUGUGAUCUUUCUUAGAGUCGGCUGGGAUACCAGCGGCUCUUGUUAGAAAGAAAAUGACAACAACACAGCAUUUUCCCUCGGAUAAACCCUUAGCUUCAAAAGGAAAUCAGAGAAAGAAACAUGUUGGCUAUUGUGUGUCUGAGCAGGGCCCUCCUGCACUCAUCUCGGUGUCAAAUGACCUCCUUUGAUAGCAGCCCUGGACCAGUCCCUGCCUCUGGGGGAAAGAGGAGAGUUGACUGUAGGGAGAGGAGAGUGAGCCGAGGAGAUGGGAGAUUUGCUUUUUUGGGGUGAUGGUUUGGUUUGGCUGGUGUUCCUCUGUGUUUGCAGGUUGCUGCGCUGUUAGGAAAACCGCCCUCUGCCUCUCCUUCCACGGCGGCCUCUGCUGGGCUGCUCUUCCUGACCUCUGCCCCUCAGGAAGUUGCCAGAACGUGAGGCUUGGAUCCACAGGAGGCUGUCCGUACCUAGCGGUGAAGAUCACCCCCGCCAUCCCCGUGGUCGGUGGCAUCCUCUUCUUCUUCGUGAUGGGGACCCUGCUCCGCACCAGCUUCAGUGACCCCGGGGUCCUCCCACGAGCCACGCCGGAGGAGGCCGCUGACCUGGAAAGACAAAUAGAUAUUGCAAACGGCACCAGUUCAGGGGGGUACCGCCCGCCUCCCAGAACCAAAGAAGUCAUCAUCAAUGGCCAGACUGUGAAACUUAAGUAUUGUUUCACCUGCAAGAUUUUCCGGCCCCCUCGCGCCUCCCACUGCAGCCUGUGCGAUAACUGCGUAGAACGGUUUGAUCACCACUGUCCCUGGGUAGGCAACUGUGUGGGGAAAAGAAACUACAGAUUUUUUUAUAUGUUUAUUUUAUCCCUGUCUUUUCUGACAGUCUUUAUAUUUGCAUUCGUUAUCACCCACGUCAUUCUUCGUUCCCAGCAAACAGGAUUCCUCAAUGCCCUUAAGGACAGCCCUGCGAGCGUGCUGGAGGCCGUGGUGUGCUUCUUCUCUGUGUGGUCCAUCGUCGGCCUCUCGGGUUUCCACACGUACUUGAUCAGCUCCAACCAGACGACAAAUGAAGACAUUAAAGGAUCUUGGUCAAAUAAAAGAGGUAAAGAAAAUUACAAUCCCUACAGCUACGGAAAUAUCUUUACAAAUUGCUGUGUGGCCCUGUGUGGGCCCAUCUCUCCAAGCUUAAUUGACAGAAGAGGGUACAUCCAGCCUGACACUCCACAGCCAGCAGCGCCCUCCAACGGGAUCACCAUGUAUGGGGCCAUGCAGUCACAGAGCGACAUGUGCGACCAAGACCAGUGCAUUCAGAGCACCAAAUUCGUUUUGCAGGCCGCAGCCACUCCCCUGCUGCAGAGCGAGCCCAGCCUCACCAGCGACGAGAUGCACCUACCAGGGAAGCCCGGCCUGGGCACGCCGUGCACCAGCCUGACGCUGGGCCAGCCCACGCCGCCCUCCUCCAUGCCCAACCUCGCCGCCGAGGCCGCGCUCUCGGACAUUAUGCCCCUGAAGGACGAGCACGGGGGCCACCAGUUCCUGACCCCCGAUGAGGCGCCCUCGCCCCCGCGGAUGCUGGGGGCCGGCAGCCCGCUGGCGCACAGCCGCACCAUGCACGUGCUGGGCCUGGCCAGCCAGGACUCUCUGCACGAAGACUCCGUGCGGGGCCUGGUGAAGCUCAGCUCCGUGUGACCCCUGUGGCCGACCCCAGGACCGACCGCAGGGCUCCUCCACAGGCGGUGGGAGCGAGCAGAGGGAUGCACCCCGCAGCGUGGAGAUGACAGCCCCAGGCCUGGGGUACAGAGACCCGCUUAGAAAGCCAGGGGAGCCCCGUCUCAUGGCAAAGGGCCCGCAGGCUCCAGAAACUCGGAGCUUGGUUUUAUCUGAAUUUUCUUCCCCACCCUGAGCGCUUUGACAAUAAUGAAUAUAGAGAAGUGGCUGUUUUCCGGCAUUCGGAACCUGCAGGUUGGGCCUGGGGAGGGAGGACCCUCGGGGUGGGAUCUAGCCAGGGAAGAAAAGGCGCUGCCCUGUCUGCUGCUCGGGACAGACACACGGAAGGUUUCUGACACGUGGCCAGACUGAAAUCGCACUUAAGUGUUAUGCUACUAAUAUCUGAAAUAGACACGCCGUUCCAUUUGUUAAUUUAAAAACUACAGAAGUUCUAAAGGCAGAAGACAGACGGGGUGUGGAUUUGCAUGCCAGCUACCGUCUGCAUUCCAGUGGUGUUGGUAUUCCAAAGGAAAUGCUGCUCUCUUUCCUUCUUCUUUUCUUCCUUUUUUUAUUUUUGUGAAUUUUCAAGUGCUGUUUUGUUGGCAGACGGCCCAACGGAUGCAGCCCAAUGGACAAGGCUAUGGGUGGCUGAUUAGUCCACUUGGUUCUGUGUGGAUCGGGAGCAUCUGGGCUGCGGAGGGCUGCUGGGGGUUUAUCCAGUGCCAUUUAACCUUCUGUCUAGGGGUCCCAUGGGGUGUUGCCUUGCGCUGCCCCCUGCAGUCUUCACCUCCUUGUAUGAUGAACUCCCCGUGGACAGCCAAUAAAAUGACAUCCUCUGUUAUUUUG